AUGCUCCAAGUUGAAGAGUUGUGUUCACUGGGAAUAUUUAUCCUGUCAUUACUGGUACUUUUCGUAUAUUUCCACCAGAUUUGCUUUUUUGUGAUAUCACUAUACACAGCUCGAUGUUUAUUUUAUCCGAAAAGAUCUCUUCUAGUAACCGAUGCUCCGGGAGUGUCAGUUGUUAAACCUCUCAUGGGAGUGGACGAUUGUCUUCACGAAAACUUAAUAAGUCAUUUCACUCUGGACUACCCUCGAUUUGAACUCUUAUUUUGCGUACAAAAUGAAAAUGAUCCAGUAAUUAAUUUACUACAUUCAUUGUGUGAACAAUAUCCUCAUGUAAAUAGCAAAUUAUUUAUUGGAGGUAGAGAUGGAGUAGUCAAUCCAAUGGUACACAAUAUGGUGCCUGCUUACGAGGCUGCAAAAUAUAAUCUGGUCUGGGUUACAUUUGGGUGUUAUCUGGCUCGUAGUUAUACUGCUUUAAAUCAGUUAGGCGUGACAUGUUUCACUGGUAUGUCGUAUAUUGUCAAAAAAUCAAUGUUGGAUGAAGUUGGUGGACUAGCCUAUUUUGGAAAGUAUUUGGCUGAAGAUUAUUUUCUAAGUGCUGCAUUAUGUGAAAAAGGUUAUCGUAUAGUGAUGUCAUCUUAUCCAGUUAUCCAGAAUGUCAGUAAUAGCACACUGAAAGCUUACAUCAAACGAAUGGUUCGUUGGCUUCGGCUACGAUUGAAUAUGUUGCCGUUAGUUUCAGGUGUAUUAGAACCAUUAAGUGAAUCAAUUACACUUGGUUUAUUAUUUGCAUUCACUAUGCAUUAUUUAUUUGAUAUUAAAAUCAUUUAUUUAAUAUCGACGCAUUUUACACUUUGGAUUUUAUUGGAUUAUAUGCUGUUACGUUGUAUACAAAAUUCAAGACUUCCAUUUUCAUUUGCGAAAUUUUUGCUCGCUUGGAUUGGUCGUGAAUUAUUGGUGUAUGUUGUUUUUAUUACUGCUAUUUCUAAUCCAUGGCGUAUUAAAUGGGGUGAUUACGUUUAUCGUAUCCAUUUUGGUGGAUUAACUCAACGUCUAUCGUCUAACACUACAAUCAUCAAUCAUUAUACCAAUGAUGAUCUGAUUAAAACAAAUAACAGCGUUACAUCUUAUCAUCAUGAACCUGUGUUUUGUGCUACAUCAAUAGAUUUGCAGAAAGUAUUUAAAAGGCGUACACUAUCAGAAAGCAAUCCUGUCCAAGAUACAGACAAUUCAUUUCAACAUGAAAAUAAAUUUGAUUGUUUCAAUGAUGAGAUUAUCAAUGGUGCUCGUUAUUCUCAACCGGAAACGCAUUUGUUUUCAUAUACAACGACGGAACUAUCACCUGUUAUCCGUAAUAAUAAUAAUAAUAAUAAUAAUAAUAACAAUAUUAAUGAUAAUACUAGAGAUAUUUCUAUUCAUGCUAAUUCUAGGAACGUAAACGAUUGUAUGAGCAGUAGAAAUAAUGAUAAUUUAUUUCCUGCUAAUUCUAUGAAUAAAACGGUUAUGAAACACAACAUAUCCAAUAAUGAAGUUAAUUCAUAUUUUAAUGAUUGUAAUGAUAGCCUUGGUUUCAAUUAUACUAAUGAUAAUAGUAAUAAUAAUAAUAAUAAUAACAAUAUCAAUAACAAUGUUGUCAGCGGUAACAUAAAUGGGUUAUAGUAGCAAAUAAAUAUUUGUUUUAUUAACUGCUAAAACAAAUAUUUGUUUUAAACUAGUUACAUUGCCGUUGUGAUGUACAUUUUUUUCAACUUAAAUAUUAUACCAUGAGAAAAAAGUUUUAACUCUCUUGACAUUCACAUCCAACAGUUACACUUAUUAUUGAAUCAAGGGAUUGAAGCUUUGUUUUUGACUAGUAUUUUCGCCCAUAACUAUGGAAUUAUUAUGCUUUGAACAUAAUUAUUCCUGUUUGGUCGAUCAAUCCAACACGUUGUAGUGUUUUCUCAUAGCUUAAAUAGCUAAUUCAAUUUUCCCUUGAUAAAUUUUGAAAGAAAUUUUGUUGUCAAAACUUUCGUUAAACUGUGAUUUGUAAAAUAUUUGAAAUUGAAGUAUUUCUCAGUUACCUUUAUUACUCAAAUGUGAAUGUCAGUGUAGUUUUGAACCAAAAUUGUAUUUUUGUCUCUCUGUUUGUAUAUUGAUUGGUAUAUUAUUUUGUCUCUCUGCCUUGCACGUAAUAUGAGUUUCUUGUACAUAAUCUUUCCCUGAAAAAAACAAUUCGUAUAUCUUUUUUUCAAAGUUUAUUCUGUUUUAUACUUUACCUUCCAAUUUUAGCAGAUAAGUUUUUCUUUUGUAAUUUUUUGAAGUGAUUUAUUUGUUUAUUUUUCCUAGAAGAAAACCAAAUGAAUUCGGCGUAUUUUUAAAAUCCAACCGUUUAUAGUUAUGAACCAACCGAUGAGAUGCGUUCAGAUGCGUUUACACUAAACUAAGCUGUAUUCUCAAUGAAAUGUUUUUUUUUACAUUAACUAAGCAUACUUUUGUCAAGAUUUACAGUAAUCUGUUGUAAAAAGCUCUACAUUCUUUCAUUUCUUUCCUUAUACUGUGUAAAUAAAACUUUAUAACCGACAUAUCAUAGAAUUGAUGCGGCAGUUUUAAAUGUAAUCCUAUGAAAUAUACUGUGCUAUCAGUUAUUUUGUUUAAGAAAGAAAAUGUUGUGAAUUCUAUUUUUUUUUGUAAUUCAACUACUAGAAAUUAUUUCUAUUUCCCCUUGAAAUAAUUGUUUCUCUUUGUUUUCAUUCGUUUGAUCUUCAUAUCAUUUAGUUGGAUGCAUCAAAAAGCGAUAGAUGAAUGCUAAAUCAUGAUGUCUUUUUUUCGUUGAAAAUGUAAUUCUCCUCUGCAUAAUUCUGUGUACAAGCGAUCAGUGGACCAUGAGACAUGGCAGCAGUGUUUACUAGUUAUUCUUUUUCUAUUUUUUUUAUUCGAAACUCUUGUUAUUCCCGCUAUUAUUCUUCACGAUUUAUUCAUUUUCUUUUCUAUUGACUGUGAUUUAAAACUAUAUCUUUUUUGUUUUGCUUGAGAAAUAUAAUGUUUAAGUUUUGAAUAAUAGUUCUGUAUAAAUUACUCGUUUUUUUUUAUUAUCUUUAACAUGAUGUACGAUUUGAUCAUCAAUAAUCGUCUCAAUGAAUAUCACAUUUGUUUGAAUAUGAUAAAAAUAACAAUAGAUUUUUUAAAAAAAUUUCAUUUGACUAUAAAUAUGUUUUGUGAAGAUUCUACAAAUAUAUACAUUCAAAAAA